UGCAAUCCAUUAGCAACAAUAGUAUGAUGGAGCCGGUCUCUGCGGGUAGCGCCAUCGUUACACGGCAACGUCACCUUUAGCAUUUCGUUAGCUGAAUGCCAUUAGCAGCAGAUGGCGCAACUCGCGAAUCUACAAAAUGCAAUGAAACGUGCAGAACUCACAAGUCUCAAAUUUCAACUAGUAUCGUUCGUAAUAACUCGUAUAAUUUUCAAUAGAAUAGUUGUCGAUGACUAACACUACGUCAUGCUCUUCCGGCAGCGUUUGCAUAUCGGAGUAAAUUUUAGAGAUCAUUGAAGUGUUUAUAAAGACGUCUUCGAGUGAAGCCGUACUCGUAUGUCACGCAUCAACAACAGAAUUAAACGUCAAAAACAAGUGCACAAUAACGUUAAAUUAACAUCAGCAAUAGCAGCAGCAAUCGUCGCUUAUCCCCUCCGUUCCGUUAAUCAAUCCGCUACGCUAAUCAACUGGCCUAAUCCGGGUUUUAGAAGAUAUAGACGAGGGAUGUGGCAGGCCGGGAAUGGCGUUAGUGGCGGCCUCCAAGCGGCGGAACUCCAUGGGAGCCGGCAGCUUUGGAGAGCAACCCUUCGUCAGUGACUCCGGACAGCGCCAGGAGCGGGCGAGCCCGUCUUCUCCGCGGCGCUCGCGUUAAAAAGGAAAGCGUGCGUGCCUCCUCCACCUCUCAACCUUUUCAUUAGUGCCCUCAAGUGUGCGUAUCGUUUGCUAGCGGCCAAAGAAAGGAGAGUGGUGAACAGAAAGAGAUUCAUUAAGCGAGUGAGUGAGAGUGAUAGAGCGAGAGAGCUCGAGGGCGAAGGGGGGUCGAGUUCGAGCAAGAGCAGGAGAGGAGGCACUCUCCCGAGUCCUUAUGCGCGUCCGCCGGUUUACGCACAAACUAGCACACGCAGGCGUUUCCUCCUUGUAAGGAAACACGCAGGAUCUAGUGUUUCGCUUUCGUGCGCUAAUACUUAGAGGCCCUCUUGGGGGAGGCGUACAAGCUUCAAGCUGUGUGCGUUUUAUCCUAUUCGAGCUGCGGGAAAUUACAUCGGAGCCGGAAUUCGGGUGCUUGGAACCCGUCCGAGGAAUCGAUGUCUAAGCUGUGAGUAAACGAGGAUCAUGGCCGAGGAGCUGUUGGUUACAUUGAACCGCAGUGACUCUACGGGCUUCGGCUUUUCGCUGCUCGGCACCGCCAGUCUGCCGCACGUCAUCUAUGAUAUCGUCGAGAACUCGCCCGCGGCCGAAAGCGGGAAGGUCGAAGCUGGAGAUGUUAUAAUAAAGAUAAACGACGUCGAUGUUAAUCGUUUGAGUACUAAGGAAGUUUUAAAAUGUCUCCGGCUCUCGUCCGACCCUGUCAUCUUAAAGUUGCGGAGGGAUCCCGACAUAAAAGCUCACGUGCGGCGAUUACUUUCACCGGCAGAAACAGUGAGCAAAGAUUCCGAAAAACGAGAACAGCGAUCCCUUGAUAUCUUACAUAGGAAAUCGUCACCUACCUCACCAGAGUCUGUAGUCGAUCCAUCCCAGCAACAACUAAAGACGAAUUAUUCUUCUCACUCACGUAGCAAUGGUUCAUGUAGCGAUCCUUCAGGCUCAUCCGAUCUUGAGGUCCUUAUACCUCAUCAAUUUGAUAGCUUCAAGGAAGAAGAGCGCAUGCAGUGGGAACCAUUGGCUGCUGAUAUGUUUACCAAACAAAAGAAUCCGCCCAGGUUUGAGGCGUACAUGAUGACGGGUGACUUAAUGCUGAACCUUUCACGCACUCAACAAAGCAGUGGUUUUCUACCGAAGCACCAAAAAAAGGUUGAUUCAUUGAGGUACAACAACCACCACACUCAUCAUCAUCAUCAUCAUAAUCACCACAAUAAUCAUCACUACCAUAACUCGUUACCCACAAGUCCCAACGAAACAAUGGGUCAUCGUCGUACCGGAAACUCGAGCUCAGUUAACAGUUCACCUGUAGGGUUAAGCAAGCGUGAGGCCUCCGAUAUGGCUUCAGGCCAGGCUCAAGUUGGUACUCAAUCCAUGGGCUAUACCUCCAAUUUCGUGCGCACUUCCAGGUCUGAAGACCACCUACAAUUUCAAAAGGAUCCCUCGAUGUCUGCUGUAGACGUCGACAUUGAUGAUGAUGUGACCUCCUCACUUAAUACUCUUCUGGACACACGUGCUGAAAAUUGUGGCCCCGAAUUAUCGAACGAGCGCAUUGUCUGGACAUACAAUGCCCCCGUGAGCUCAGCCUCUGUGGGCUCCCACUCCUCUCAUUCCUCGGAUGCCGGCUCCCAAUCUUUUUGCCGCUCCUCCAGUUCAAGCUCCUCCACAGAGGGAACAAGUCCCCAGCGAUCUCUCUCGCCAGCCUCCCCAACCUCGGUUUCAUCAUCCGUCAUGUCCUCCAAUUCUGACUCCCGUAGGUUCCCUUUACCGGCCCAGUCAGCUCCAACGUACUCACAUCCGCCAGUCUUUCUGGCGACCAAUGGUGAUUUGAGCCAAUCCGAAGUCUUCAGCAAUAUGUCCAGUCCAGAUUAUAAUGACGAGGAGACGAUGGAUAUACUGAGCGCACGCGACAUCAUGAUGAUCAGCGAUCCAAGCGACAGUGACUCAACGAUACUAGCGAGCGAGCCACCACAACGACGAGUGAAACAGCGUGAUCAUCAGCAGCAACAACAACAGCAACAACAUCCGCAACAACAACAACAACCACAGCAACAUGUACAGCAACAAGAUGAACAGCACAGGAUAGUGAUUCAAGUAAAGGGCCCAGAAAAGGAUAUUGGAAGCUCAAGACACGCGAGUCCACGACAGCCUAGACGAAGACCAGUCAGUGUAAACUCUGACUCAGAGAGAAUGUUGCAAAAUUCGCCAAAUGGACAGCAAAGAAAUAAUGGCGUCAUGAUUGAGUAUCAGGGUUAUCAGGAACUCAGGGAUUUUGAAGACGAACGCGAACAAUAUAAUCUUUCUAAUUGCGAAGAUCAAAAACAGAGCGGAAUAUCGCCACCGCAUUCGGCUGACGAAGAGAGUGAUAUCGAAAGCUUACACAGUUUUCACUACAGUCCAAAGGCAGUUGAUUUACCUUCUGCUGUCAGAUUAGCUAAAAGAUUAUAUUCUCUUGAUGGUUUUAAGAAAUCAGACGUUUCGAGGCAUUUAAGUAAAAAUAACGAUUUUAGCAGAGCAGUUGCUGAAGAAUACUUGAGAUAUUUUAACUUUGAACGGGACACGCUGGACGUGGCUCUCAGAAAGUUCCUUGCUCAGUUUUCAUUGACCGGAGAAACGCAAGAACGAGAGCGCGUUCUUGUCCACUUCUCCAAGAGGUAUCUCGAUUGUAACCCUGGAUCCUUCAAUUCUCAAGAUGCUGUCCAUACGUUAACGUGUGCUAUAAUGUUGCUUAAUACCGAUCUUCAUGGUCAAAACAUUGGUAGAAAAAUGUCGUGUUCAGAGUUUAUAGAAAAUCUUUCAGAACUUAAUGAUGGCGAUAACUUUCCGCGAGAAGUAUUAAAGCAACUCUAUAAUGCGAUUAAAUCAUUUCCACUAGAAUGGGCGCUUGACGAAGAGGGUGACGAAGUUGCUUCUCAAGCAAUUCAACAAGGAGACAAUACAAUCAUAACUGGAACGGGAAAUCCAUUUCUUGAUGUGCCAAAUGUUACUGGUGCUACAGAAUUUAAAAAAGGUUACGUCAUGCGCAAGUGCUGUUACGAUGCCAAUGGAAAAAAGACUCCGUUUGGAAAAAGAGGAUGGAAAAUGUAUUAUUGUACAUUAAGAGAACUUGUAUUAUAUUUGCACAAAGAUGAACAUGGCUUCCGUAUUGACAAUUUGCAUAAUGCUAUUCGUAUUCAUCAUGCACUAGCAACGAAAGCGUCAGACUACACAAAGAAACAGCACGUUUUUCGAUUGCAAACUGCCGACCAAGCUGAAUAUCUUUUUCAAACUAGUGAUUCUAAAGAAUUACAGUCUUGGAUAGAUACAGUCAACUUUGUUUGUGCCAGUUUCUCCUGUCAGCCACUUGCCGGUGCAGUAGGUUCACAACGAAAGUUUCAACGGCCUUUGCUUCCAUGCAGUCAUACAAAAUUAAGUCCAAGAGAACAGCUUCGUGAUCAUGAGGAAAGAGUAAAUAAGUUAGAGAUUGAAUUAGACGAACAUAGACAUCAUCCACCAGAAAGGGGUGUUAAAGCUCUCGUGUUCCAAAAUUAUAAAGAAAAAGACGCGUAUUUACAUUAUGAGCUUAAAAGGUAUAAAACUUAUGCAUAUUUAUUACGAUCAAGGCUUGCAUAUUCAGAAAUUGAACCAUCCUUGGCAGAGAGCAGUAUUGGAGAAGUGGAUGAAAGUAAUAGUGCUUUUAUGAAUAUUGAUAUGGCACUAGUGCCACCUCCGGUUCCAGAUCGACCAGCCACAAAUAGGUAUAGUUACAGGGCUGCCAUUUAUAAUCGUAAUCUAUUAAAUGGUCAGGAUUAUAGUGGGGACAUUGGUUGACGUGUAAUGGGUGUCUUUAUAGCAUGUGUGGUCUAGUCUUUUAUACUUACGCAGUUGCUUAACCAGUAGCAGUUAUUUAAAAGAAAUCAUUUUCA